CUCGAGAAAAGCAGAAAGAAGAACAUGUAAUGGGUGUAGCCACGUCAUCUCCAUAGCUUUCCCUUUCUACAAUAAAAAGACCAAACAUUUGAAUCAAAUUCUCUUAAUACAAACUACUAACCUCAAACAACUUCUCCACCUCUCAUUUCUCCCUGUUUCUGUACAAAUUAUUCAGUUCAUUCCUACCAAAAACAAAGAUCGUAUUUUUACUCUUAUUUGCUUUCCUUUUUCCCUUUCUGCUCACCCCCGUUCAUUAACUAAAGGAGCGUAGGUGUUGCAGAAAGAUUUAUCUUUUUACUCGUACUCUGAUUGCAUCCGGGGCCACUAUUCGGAGAAAUGGAUGGCGGGGAGGGCAGAACACUAUCGACUCAAGAUAUACAACUGGUGAGCCUUUGGAAUUGAAUUAGUUUGAACGGUUGGUUUGCAUAUUUGAUGACAUAGAAAGAAAUAAGGUACAAAAUCGUAUUGAACAGUGUCUUCAGCAUUACAUGAAUAAAAAAGAGGUCGUUAAUGCUCUCAUUGUUCAGGGCAACGUCGAGCCUUGUCUGACUGAAUUAGUUUGGCAGAGGCUUGAAUAUAAAAAUCAAGAAUUUUUCAAGGCUUAUUAUCUCAAGUUGUUGGUGAAGGAACAAAUAUUGGAAUUCAACCGUUUACUUUCCGAACAGGCAGAUCUGAUGCGUAGAGCCCCUUUAAACCGAAUCACUCCUUACCUUCCAUCUAACGGAUCACACGUCUCACCAACACAGCAUAUCUCGAAUACCCAAAAUGCUCACCCCGGGAAAACAGAGAACACGCAGCAAGCGAAUACGUCCAACAAUUGUGGAUCAGCAAUCCAACCAUGCAUGCAAGGAGCUAUCAACGGGCCUGUUCAUACUAGAAAGAUUGAUGUUUCUCCAAACCUGCUCCUUUCUCAGAACUCAGAGCUGUCUCAGAUGAUAAAUGGGAAAAGUGGUAGCUCGCCUUUCGCUUUUAGUCCACCUAGCAAUUAUCUGGAAUCACGCCCUCUGAUUGGUGAUGCGCCCAUGUCAUCUUUCAGUAGCGUAGAUUCUAACACACAGCAUCUCACCAACACUCUCAUGGACGGAGACACUUCCGCCUUUGGAUUUUUCGCGCCUAGUUUCCCCGAGCUGGAAGCUGAUUUCACCACCAGUUCUGUCGAAUCGUGUGUACUUUGUAUGUCUGUAUCAGAUUUACUGGAGGGUUACUGUGGGCCUCAAUUCCUACCGACCGACACUAAUGACUUUGUGCAUCCUCACGGGGAAGUCGAGAAUCUGGAACCUGGAUCGAAAAGUAUGAGAUUUCAGUGCUUUGGUGGCGAUUGACUCGAUGUUCCAAGUGUAAUUAUUUGCCUCAAUUUCGUAUCGAAUCGUAUCGCUGCCAACUAGUUGUAUGAUAGUUUGUGCUGAAUUAUGUGUCUGGUGCUGCAGUUUGGCUUGAUAGGAACAAAAUGAAUCAUCUCAACACAACUACUAUAAUUCUUGAGUAAGAUUUAGUGACUUGUUUAACAUUUUGGGUGGUUUAGUUGUAUGGGUGUUGUUAGGUUUCAUCUAUAUUUAUGUAUAGUGAUGCUAAAGUUGUAUAAAUAGGCCAUUGUUUGUUUGUGUAGAUUGUAGUAUUUGUAUAAAUGUUUUGAUUUCCAUUUUUCAGUCAUAUUAACAAAUACUCCUACUAUAA